AUGACCUCGACGGAGUACAAGGUCAUCAAGGUGGGCUCGCGGGAGUCGCCGCUGGCCAUGGCGCAGACGGAGAUCGUGGUCAAGCUGCUCAAGGAGGCGCAGCCCGACACGACCUUCACCAUCCACGGCAUGACGACGACUGGAGAUAGGGACCAGAAGACGGCCCUGUACAACUUUGGUGGCAAGGGCCUGUGGACGUCUCAGCUGGAGGAGAAGUUGGCGAGUAAGGAGCUGGACAUUGUGGUGCACUCUCUCAAGGACAUGCCCACCACCCUCCCCGACGGAUGCGUUCUGGGUGCCAUAACGGACAGGGAGGAUCCGCGCGACGUCCUCGUAAUAAAAAAGGCGCUCAUCGACGGCAAGGGGUACAGGAGCCUUUCCGACCUCCCGGAAGGCAGCGUCAUUGGCACGAGCAGCAUCCGCCGCAUGGCCCAGCUGCGCCGCCGCUACCCCGGGCUCAAAUUCAAGGACCACCGUGGAAACAUCCAGACGCGCCUGCGCAAGCUGGAGGAGGACCCGGAGUUGACGGGCACCAUCCUCGCCGCCGCUGGCCUGCAGCGCAUGCAGCUCGACGAGCACAUCUCCCAAUUCCUUCACUUCGACAACGGAGGUAUCCUGCAUGCCGUGGGACAGGGAGCCCUGGGCGUCGAAUGCAGGGCUGGCGACGCCCCUGUUCUGGAGAUGCUGAGCAAGUUGCAGGACCCCCAAACGGCGUUGGCCUGCAUUGCUGAGCGCAGCGUCAUGAGGUUCCUCGAGGGUGGGUGCAGUGUGCCCAUCGGCGUCGAGACGAGCUGGGUCGACGGCAAGCUGCGUCUGAGGGCUACCGUUGUCAAUGUUGAUGGCACAGAGGCUGUCGAUGCAGACGACACCGAGGCGAUCACUACGACCGAGGAGGCCGACCAGUACGGAAAGCGCGUUGCCACGGAUCUCGUCACCCGUGGCGCUGACAAGAUUCUCGCGUCUAUUACUUCGAACAAGCCUUAG